AUGGUUUGGGUAUUUCCCAUUCCAUUCUGUAUAUUUACUCUUGGUGGAGUGAGCUCAUCAAUCAUAUUGGUGUAUAUCCGGGUUGUCUCUGGUCACGCUUUUAGGGAACUACUCGCCAAGCACGAGCUAUUACGAGGAGUGAAGAAGAUUUUGGUGUUGCAGGUGCUGCUGUACGUGGCACACCCUUUAUGCCAAGUGCUUUUCACUCAAGCAACCCACACAGUCUACGAGCUACCAGUACUUCUGCUGCUUCCUGUAUUCAGGAUCGUGGCCAAGAAGAUCUUUGCCAUGACGGCUUUGCACAAGGAGGAUAUGAUCCCUGUCUAUGUCGUCUUCACUGUCGACUUUUUCGAUGCCCUGUACCUCGCCACGUUCAUGCAGAGCUUAUCGAUGAAAACGCUCACGGUUAUAGUGGCUAUCGAUAUCGUGCAAUCUGCAGUGGAAUUGCGGGAACUCCACCAGCGAACUCUUUGCAUCAUUGCUCGUACGCGAACAGUGGCCGGUGGUAUUACUCCUAACGCGUCCGAUAGCGGCACUUUGCUGGAAGCUGUCCGGUCGCUGUGCUCCUCUUCUCUGGCGCUACGGAGGCAAGUUCGCGUCGGGAUAAGCAUUCGUUCUUGUAUUGAACAUCACAUUUCCUCGGAGAACAACAAACUACUAACGGCUCUCGAAAAUGCUUACCAACCGGGGGCUACCACGAAACUAUUUGAUCAGUUGCCGCGCAUCAAUUUGGUAAAGCCUCGCCCGACAAUAAUGGCCAGCCACAAAAAUCCACGGACUGAUGAUAUACCUAAUAUCAUAGCUUUGGGCCAGGGAAGACCUAGAGUGGACAACUCCGUUGUUCUUAAAGACGCUCUCGAGGUGCUGUUUACGUCAGAAUGCCUCGUGUUGACCGAGUAUGUGGAGAUAAUCAUCCCCGUGGUGUACGGCGUCUUCAUUUCGACGAUGGUCCACCAAUCCAGCGCGCAGUAUCACACGGAAAUGGAUGGAGUCUCUCUUGAAAAUGUCGACGUCAUGGUUUUAAGAAUGUUUCUGUAUGCACUCUUGGAGCUCGCAUCGUUUGUAGCUCUCGCGCUGAUCAUGAAACGGAACUGCGGGAUCAAUGCACUCUAUCAGCUUGCGUUUGUGUUGGAGAAGCAGAUGAUGUUCGUGCAAUCAACGCUACUGAUAUGGGUAUUGAUGACACUGACAUUUCGCGUUGUACACUUCGGUAAGUCUGUAUAUUUAUUCAACAUUCAGAGAAUUCAUCCGGUUGCGAGCUUAUCGAGGUCUGUGAUCUACCAGGUGUCGAUUUUACCUUUCAAUUCGAAUGGAUAA